GCUCAUCCUGUUAGGCGAUGUCGUCUGCUGACUGAAGUUGAGUCAACACGUCGGGGAACGGAUUUUCUGGAUUCAUGUGGCACCUCCAUUCUCUCACUCCUCUUUUCCGCGGCGCCGGGGGACUUUUAAUCAUUCUCCGUUGCAGUAUAAACCCUUUCCGCUUUAGGAAAUGUGCUUGUAGACAUUGAUAGUUGUGAGAAGUGGCAGCCCCUAAACGCCCGAUCAUUAAGUACCUGCGGAUCUGCUGCAGGGGAGUUUUUUCCAGCAAGCGGGAUACUGCAGAGGACCUUUAAGAAAAAAAAAAAAAAAAAAAGAAAGAAAGAAAAAAACAAGGAUUUGCAAAGAAGUGAACAAUGCUCAGAAUAGAGACCAUCAUUUGCACUUUUUCUGUGCUCUCUGUUGCAGCAAGAGCAGAUUUCAAGGCACGGAAUUGCAGCGAGGUUAGAGACGCUUGCAUUGCGAAGGGCUUCAGGUUUGCACAUGUUCCCCUUCAGGAGAUACCAGGUGACCAUCUUCGUGUAUGCCCUCAGGGAAACACAUGUUGCACCCAAGAGAUGGAGGACAGCUUCGGCCAGCAGAGUAAACAGGACUUUGAGAAUCUGGUGGAUGAAACGAGUCAUGAAUUGCGAAGCACCUUUGUCUCCAGACAUAAAAAGUUUGACGAAUUCUUCCUGGAGUUGCUGGAGAACACGGAGAGGUCCCUGAAUGAGAUGUUUGUCAGGACUUACGGCAAGCCUUACAUGCAGAACUCGGAAGUCUUUCAGAACCUCUUUGCCGAGCUGAAGCGCUAUUACACAGGAGGGAAUGUUAACCUGGAGGAAAUGCUCAAUGACUUUUGGUCGCGGCUGCUGGAGCGUAUGUUCACGCUGCUCAACUCCCAGUACAUCAUCACUGAGGACUAUCUGGAGUGUAUCAGUAAGUACACCGACCAGCUCAAGCCUUUUGGAGAUGUGCCCAGGAAGCUCAAGGCUCAGGUUACCCGGGCAUUCAUCGCUGCACGCACGUUUGUCCAAGGGCUUUCUGUUGGCCGGGAGGUGGCUCACAGAGUGUCUAAGGUAAGCAGCACUCCGGCGUGUAUCCGAGCGCUGACCAAGAUGCUAUACUGCCCCUUCUGCCAGGGCAUGCCAGCAGUUAAACCCUGUAAGAACUACUGCCUGAAUGUCAUGAAGGGCUGCCUGGCCAAUCAAGCUGACCUGGAUCCAGAGUGGAACCAGUAUAUUGAUGCCAUGCUGCUGGUGGCACAGAGGCUGGAAGGACCUUUCAACAUUGAAUCCGUCAUGGAGCCUAUUGAUGUCAAGAUUUCAGAGGCCAUCAUGAAUAUGCAAGAAAACAGUGCCCAGGUCUCCUACAGGGUUUUUCAAGGCUGUGGCCAGCCCAAGCCCUCAGGAAUGAGUAGGUCUACCCGUGGUGUUUCGGAUGUGUUCAACGCCCGCUUCAGACCAUACAGUCCAGAGGAGCGGCCUACCACUGCAGCUGGCACAAGCCUCGACAGACUGAGGAUUGUCUGGAGUGCGAUGCAACACAGUGUGGUUGACAUAAAGGAGAAACUGAAGCUCUCCAAGAAGUUUUGGUCCAGCCUCCCUGAUGAGAUGUGUGUGGAGGGCAGACUGACCGCCGGGGACGCCAGCGAUGAGCAAUGCUGGAACGGGCACACCAAGGGCAGGUAUUUCCCCGAGGUCCAGAAGGACGGAUUGACCAACCAGGUGAAUAACCCUGAGGUGGGUGUGGACAUCACCCGCCCAGAUACCUUCAUCCGUCAGCAGAUAAUGGCUCUGAGGGUGAUGACCAACAAGCUGAAAAAUGCCUACAACGGCAAUGAUAUCUACUUUCAAGAUUCAAGUGAUGAGGGCAGUGGCUCAGGCAGUGGCAGUGGCUGCACAGAAGCCUGCACCACAGACAUGGACCUUACCGCCACCGAGGCCCCCAUAGUGGAAGCCGACCGGAGCGGCCCUGUUGGUGACUCAGCCACACUCCCUGCACCCUCUGUAGCCCUGCCAACCAUGCUGGCCCUCUCAGCCCUGGCACUCCACCGACAAUGGAGAUAAUGCUGGAGGAACUGGCUAAACUUGGACAGCAGGGUUUCUCUUUUUGCUGUUUUUGUAUUCAGGCAGAUUGGAGCUACAGUCAACGAGACGAUAUUCAGGCUGCCAGCCUUGAGGCUAGAGGGUGCUGCUCUGAAAAAGAGCAGUCAUGCAUCACGAUUUCCUGCUCUCCCAAAGAUUGUGCAGUGCCAUCCUUAGACUUGAUAUAUUCGGCAUCACCUCACUAUCUACGGCUGAUGCUGCCCCAACAAACUCUGCUCCAGAGGCUGAAAAAAAAGUAUUUCUUUCACAUAUGGCGGAUAUUGAUGUAGGUCUCCAUGUGGAAAAAAAAAAAAAAAAAAAAAAAAAAAAACCACGCACUUUGAUUGUUUUGGUUUAUUUUUUUAAUGCAAAAAUGGUGUUGUGUGUUAAACCAUGUUGAAAAUGUGGUAUUAGAAGCACCUAAAAGAAGCCGAAUAAGUUUACUACAGCUACCGGGGAAUCUAAAAGCUUACCACUAUGUUUUAAAAGGCGUACAAAAGAUAAUUAACUAAAUUACCUAAAAAUUCAUGAACAUAUGGCCUCCAAUUUGAAUGUUCAUUUUAUCUUCGGCCCAUUGUCAGUAAUUUGUUUGUCUAACAUUCUGAUAUUUGACAGAAAAUUAUUAAUAUGAAUGCAUGAAUAAUAUACUGUGUUAAACAUGACAGCUAAUGAUCAUCAGGAAUGAUUGGAUAUUCCAUCAUUAAAAUUGUCACAUUUGCUGAAAAUUGCAUUCAUUUGUUUUUAGAACCGAUGCAAAGGGAAUAUCAAUGACCGAAUCAUGCCAUUUCACAUUCUGUUUUGCUAUCGUUGUGGCCGUGAA